CCAAGCUUGGAGAAACUGUAUUUCCUAUAUCAUGUGCAUCAUACUAUAUACAGAGUAGCGCUAUUGCAAUGUCCGUGGAUCUUUCCACAUCUGAGGGAUUUAACUCUAAAUGUCUCAAUAAGCGAUAAAGAACUGGCGACUGUCCUCAGAGAGAUGUCUCGAGUCAGGACCCUUGAGGUCUCGCACUCCUAUUUUGGGCCGCUUGCUCUUCAAGAACUAUUGGUGGAUAGGAAUAGAGGAAGGCAACCGGGUGAUUGUAAAGAUGGAGAUAGGAUGACGGGGACAGACAGACUUUGUAAUACGAUUGAGGUACUGGGUGCUGCGCCGUUCUACGACGAAACAGACGGUAUUGCUCAAGCAAUCUUGUCUAAUUGCCCACGUCUGCGGUCUCUACAAGCGUCCAAAAUCACAGUGACGGAGAUCGUACACGGGGCACAGUGGGUGUGUUCGAGAAUUGAGAAUCUAAGGCUCUAUUUCAAUAUGGAUCUUGAUCCAGAAUCUGAGGAAGGGAUGAUGAACCAACGGCUAGUGUUUAAACGACUAGGGGAGCUGACUGGACUGCAAGAGCUUGCUUUGGCAGAUCACUACAGCACACGAACGUUGGAUCUAAGGCUAAGGGCUGGGCUCAAUGAGCUGGCCAAUCUGAAGAGCCUGACAACAUUGAGUUUCUCAUAUGAUAUAUGCCAAGCAAUAGGGCCUGAAGAAGCGAGGUGGAUUGUAAAGAACUGGACUAGAAUCAAACAUCUUGAUGGUGUGCUGAAUAACGAUCCGGAUAUUGUCGAAUUAAUCGCCAGCAUAUUCCGUCUACACGGUAUUCAACAUUAUAGGGAAAGGCGAAUCAUAAGAAGACAAGUUUGUAUUAUAUAGUUGACGAAAUGACAACAGAUCUGUUAUCA